UGUUUACUAUCAGUGCCAGGAGAGCGGACUGGAGAAGUCAAGAAAUCGCUGCACAACACCGAAUACUUUGAAAUGCCUACUCCACAGGGGUUACCAAAGCCCCCUGUGGGAGAGAGACUGAAGAAUUACAGUGUACUGCCGCCCAUCCCAUCUCCCAGCGCUGCGGCUGAGAGGGAGGUGCAGGACGAGAGCAGUGGAGGGGAGGACAGCAGAAUGGCCGUGCAGAUCAAGUUGAUGAAGUACCACCGAAGCAAGCACCAGCGCCAAAUGCUGAACCACAUAGUGAUGGACAGUGCUAUGAAGGCAUACGAGGAAGCAGUGGAAACACAGAAAAAAAGGACUCCAACUCCUCCAGAGCCUGAACUUCCAUCUACGAUGAACAGUGAGCAGAGAAAACGAAGAAUGAACUACAUGUUCCUGAAGCAGUGUGUGGAGAGCAGCCCCAUUGUUCCAAUCCAGCAGCGGUGGCUGGAUGCCAUGCUGACCAGGGUGCCUGCCCAGCUGCGCCAGGGCCCUGGCAGGCAGGAGCUGCUGGACGAGCUGUGCCAGGAGGUCAGUGCCAACUUCCAGUCUGGCAUGGUGAAACACACGGUGAACAGUGUCCUUGUGAAGCCUGAUGGUACUGGACAUACAACUGACGCUUCUGAUCUGAGGAUGCGGUUGCCAAGAGGUCUUAAUUUCUCCAGACCCUGGCACAAAAGUGUUCAAAAAAGCCGAAACGAGAUCAAAGAGAAUCUGCACAUUCUUCACCCAGCAAUGAGGAUGAUUUUGAAUAUUGGCUAUACUACCUUUUCAGACCUGCUUUUGGCUGAUCUUUCAGAUUACAGAUCUAAAGGCCCAGUGGACUGUGAGUCACUGAAUAACAAAGUGGUGCUGGAGUGUGAGCGAAUGGAGGAGAAACUCAUGAACACCUGGUACCCCAAGGUCAUCCAUCUCCUGACCAAUAAAGAUACGCUGCAUGGCCUCAGACCUGACAAGCUGGACUCGUUCUACAAUUGUGUCUCCACUCUCGUCUCCAAUCAGCUGAAGGCACUGGUGGAGAGGAGUGUGGAGGAGUACGUGAAGCUCUUCGAAGCAGACAGUGUCCACCGCAUGCCACUCUUCAAAAUGGACCUCACCUUCGAUGACGAGAAGAUGGAAUUCUAUCCUAGUUUUCAGGAUCUGGAAGAGGCCGUCCUGUCUAUACUGACCCAGAUCACAAACACCAUGCAGAAAGUUCAGACAGUGCAGUCUUGGCUGGCAGAGACCCACAGUGCAGUUAUUGACGCCAAGCUUACUGAUCAUGUUAUGACAUGGGCCAGAGCAACACUAAGAAACGCAGUUCAAAAGAACCUGGAGGGCCCCAAACAGCACUUUCUCAGCUAUGUUGAGAGUUAUGACUGGCUUGUCAAUGGGACAGCUGAGACCCGUGUACAGAGUUUUAUGGACGAAGAGCACACAUUUGAUGAGUACACUGAAAUGGUGGAUGAGUUCCGGGCCCUGUCCAGGGACAUCAUGAGCCUGCCUUCAGUAGCACACUUCGACAUGGUGCAGCUGGACUGCGAGGACCUGAAGCAGGGGCUGGCAAACAAAGCCAAAGCCUUCGCCCAAACUCUUCUGGAGCGCCUGGUCACCAAACAUAGCGAGGACAACCAGAUGAUUUGUAGAGAGUUUGAAACUAUCAAAGAGACAGCACUGAGGAUUCCUGAGACGACGGAAGAAAUGAUAGAGAUGAUUGCUUAUGUGGAACACACCAAAACAAAGGGAAUUCAGGAACUGAGCAGCAGGAUCCUUGAAGUCCAGCGCCGAUUGAACUACCUGCUGGAUGUUUACAUGUUCACUCCUGAAGACCUGGCCUUAAAUUCAACAGUGCUUCUCUGGCCAAAGAACAUCAAUCCAGUCUUUGAUCUCAAUGAUGAGGUGAUGGAGAAAGCCAGGGAGAAAGGGAAGAGCGAGCUACUGGCCCGCAGGGAGAAGGUGAUGCUGGAACUGGAGAAGCUGAGCCAGAGGAUGGAGGAGUUUGCUGAGUGCUCUGAACUGGACAUGAUGCAACAGUAUGUGGCCGAUGUAAGAACUGUGCAGAAGCGCUUGCAGGAUGCAGAAGAUACCAUUGCCUUUAUUAAUAAAGAGGAAGAUCUCUAUAAAUGGGAACAGACCAUUUACCCAGAGCUGGAGACCAUCAAAGCAAACAUUGAGCCCUACCAGAAGCUCUUUGGGCUGGUGCUGAAGUGGCAGCGGACUGAGAAGAGGUGGAUGGAUGGCUCCUUCCUAGACCUGAACGCGGAGACAACGGAGGCGGAGGUGGACGAGUUCUUCAGGGAGGUCUACAAGAUGCUAAAGUUCUUCCAGCAGAAACAGAAGAAGGCUGAGCAGGAGCGAAUGAAAGUCUCGGGGCGCAGGCGUGCUGGAGAAGAGCGAGGAGGGGAGGAGGAGGAGGAGGGCAGACAGGAGAGCCCCACAGCCCAGAUCUGCGCCCAUGUCAUGGAGCAAGUCAAAGAGUUCAAGGAACAUCUUCCCCUGGUCUCUAUUCUGUUUAACCCGGGGAUCAGAGGACGGCACUGGGCCCAGAUGUCGGAGACUGUGGGCUAUGACCUAACACCCAACUCGGGCACAACCCUCAGGAAGGUCCUGAAGCAGAAUCUUGCUCCAUACCUGGAUAAAUUUGAGCAGAUCAGUGCUGCUGCCAGUAAGGAGUUUUCCCUGGAAAAGGCAAUGCACACCAUGGUGGAGACCUGGGACAGUAUCUCCUUCCACUACAACCCUUAUCGAGAGUCGGGUGUGUCCAUCCUGACCGCGGUGGAUGAGAUCCAGACCACACUGGAUGACCAGAUAGUGAAGACACAGACCAUGAGAGGCUCACCAUUCAUCAAGCCCUUUGAAACUGAAAUCAAGGAGUGGGAAGUGAGGCUGAUCCAUAUCCAGGAGACCAUUGACGAGUGGCUCAAGGUGCAGGCUCAGUGGCUCUAUCUGGAGCCUAUCUUCUCUUCAGAGGACAUCAUGCAGCAGAUGCCAGAGGAGGGCCGUCUCUUCCAGACUGUGGACAGGCACUGGAAGGACGUCAUGAGGCACUGUGUGAAGGACCCCAAGGUUUUGCCUGCUACAUCUUUGCCUGGUUUACUGGAGAAGCUACAGGACUCUAAUGGUCUUCUGGAUAAGAUUAUGAAGGGACUGAAUGCCUAUCUGGAGAAGAAGAGGCUCUUCUUUCCUCGGUUUUUCUUCUUGUCCAAUGACGAGAUGCUGGAGAUCCUGUCCGAGACCAAGGACCCCUUGCGUGUCCAGCCUCACCUGAAGAAGUGCUUCGAGGGCAUCGCGAAGCUGGACUUCCUGCCCAACCUCGACAUCCAGGCCAUGUACAGCAGCGAGGGCGAGCGGGUUCAGCUCAUUGAGCUCAUCUCCACCUCGGAGGCGCGGGGGGCCGUGGAGAAGUGGCUGGUGCAGGUGGAGGACGUCAUGCUACGCAGUAUCCGGGAUGUGGUGGCUCGCUCCAGACUGGCCUACCCUGAGAGGGCAAGGAAAGACUGGGUGAGAGAGUGGCCGGGCCAGGUGGUGCUAUGUGUUUCUCAGAUGUUCUGGACUAUCGAGGUCCAUGAGGCCAUUGGCAGUGGACCAGAGGGUUUGAAGAACUAUUACCAGCAAUUACAGAACCAGCUGAAUGACAUUGUGGAGUUGGUGAGAGGAAAGCUGCCCAAACAGACUCGAACUACACUGGGGGCUUUGGUCACCAUUGAUGUACAUGCCAGGGAUGUAGUGAUGGAGAUGAUUGAGAAAGGUGUUUCACAUGAAACAGACUUCCAGUGGCUUGCGCAGUUGCGGUACUACUGGGAAAAUGAAAACGCACGUGUCCGCAUAAUCAACUGUGACGUCAAGUAUGCCUACGAGUAUCUGGGAAACUCCCCCAGGCUGGUCAUCACCCCCCUGACCGACAGAUGCUACCGCACUCUGAUUGGAGCCUUUUAUCUUAAUUUGGGGGGGGCUCCUGAGGGUCCAGCAGGGACAGGAAAGACAGAGACCACCAAGGAUUUGGCCAAGGCACUGGCAGUGCAGUGUGUGGUGUUCAACUGCUCCGAUGGGCUGGAUUACCUGGCUAUGGGGAAGUUUUUCAAAGGGCUGGCGUCAUCGGGGGCUUGGGCGUGCUUUGAUGAAUUCAACCGCAUUGAGCUGGAAGUGCUGUCGGUGGUGGCCCAGCAGAUCCUGUGUAUCCAGAGAGCCAUCCAGAUGAAGCUUGAAUACUUUGAUUUUGAGGGCACUGAGCUGCGACUUAACCCCAACUGCUUUGUUGCCAUCACCAUGAACCCUGGCUAUGCUGGACGGUCUGAACUGCCUGACAACCUGAAGGUCCUGUUCAGGACAGUUGCAAUGAUGGUUCCUAAUUAUGCACUGAUAGCUGAAAUCUCCCUCUAUUCUUAUGGCUUCCUUCAUGCCAAGCCUCUGUCGGUCAAGAUUGUGAUGACUUACAGGCUGUGCUCAGAGCAGCUCUCAUCGCAGUUCCACUAUGACUAUGGCAUGCGUGCAGUCAAAGCUGUUUUGGUGGCAGCUGGAAAUCUCAAACUUAAGUUCCCGGAAGAAAAUGAAGAUAUUCUUCUUCUUCGUUCCAUCAAAGACGUGAAUGAGCCAAAAUUCCUGUCUCAUGACAUUCCUCUGUUUAACGGGAUCACAAGUGACUUGUUCCCAGGCAUCUCUCUGCCAGUGGCUGAUUAUCAGCUUUUUCUUGAAUGUGCUCAUGAAUGUUGCAAAGUACAUAAUGUACAGCCAGUGCAGGUUUUUCUUGAAAAGAUGAUCCAGACUUAUGAAAUGAUGAUUGUUCGACAUGGGUUCAUGCUUGUAGGAGAACCUUUUGCUGGUAAAACCAAGGUAUUGCAAGUGCUGGCAGAUACUCUGACUCUAAUGAAUGAGAAGGGGUAUAAUGAGGAAGAAAAAGUGAUAUACCGAACAGUGAACCCUAAAUCCAUCACAAUGGGACAGCUUUUUGGGCAGUUUGACCCUGUCUCCCAUGAGUGGGCUGAUGGGAUCGUUGCCAACACGUUUCGGGAGUUUGCUUCCACGGACACUCCUGAUCGGAAGUGGGUUGUGUUUGAUGGACCCAUUGACACCCUGUGGAUUGAGAGCAUGAACACAGUGCUGGAUGACAACAAGAAGUUAUGUUUGAUGAGCGGAGAAAUUAUUCAGAUGUCCAGUCAGAUGAGCCUCAUCUUUGAAGCUAUGGAUCUCUCUCAGGCUUCUCCUGCUACUGUGAGUCGCUGUGGGAUGAUCUACAUGGAGCCCUCUCAGCUAGGCUGGAUGCCCAUUGUGCUGUCCUGGCUGACAACACUGCCUGAACCAUUGCAGCUCAAGGACAACACUGCACUCCUCUCUGAGCUCUUCCAGUGGCUGCUACCCCCCUCCCUCAGGCUGCUGCGCAAACACUGCAAGGAGGUUGUGCCCACAAGCAACAGUAAUACAGUUGUAUCUCUCACACGCCUGUUUGAGAUGCUGCUGGCUGAACCUGUAAAAGAGGAGCCAGGAAACAAGAACAUGCGCUCCUGGAUCAUGGCAGCCUUUGCCUUCUCCUUAGUGUGGUCUGUGGGGGGCAGUUGUGACACAGAAAGUCGUGUCACGUUUGAUAACUUUCUGCGGGAAAUCAUCGCAGGGAAAUCGGAAGACCACCCGAUCCCAAGCUCUGUGGGCAAGUGGGAAUGCCCCUUGGAAGAAAAGGGACUGGUCUAUGAUUACUCAUACGAGUUUAAAGGUAGGGGUCGCUGGGUUCAUUGGAAUGAGGCCAUUAAGAACAUCUCCCUUGGGGAUAAGAACACUAACGUGCAGGAUAUCAUUGUCCCGACAAUGGACACCGUGCGGUACACCUACUUAAUGGACCUUUGUGUGCAAUAUGAAAAGCCGCUGCUGUUUGUCGGCCCCACUGGCACUGGCAAAUCUGUGUACGUGAAAGACAAACUCAUGAACAACCUGGACAAAAACCGCUACCUUCCUUUCUUCAUCAACUUCUCAGCCCGCACCAGUGCCAACCAGAGCCAAAACAUCGUUAUGUCCAGGCUGGACAAAAGGCGGAAGGGGGUAUUCGGCCCGCCCAUGGGGAAGAAGUGUGUAAUCUUUGUGGACGAUAUGAACAUGCCCGCCCUGGAGCAGUAUGGCGCUCAGCCGCCCAUUGAACUUCUCAGGCAGUUGUUUGACCAUGGGAACUGGUAUGACCUAAAAGACACAUCCAAGAUCACACUGGUGGACUUGCAGCUCAUCUCUGCAAUGGGUCCGCCAGGGGGAGGCAGGAAUGCAGUGACACCCCGCUUUCUGCGUCAUUUCAUCAUCUGCAGUAUCAACUCCUUCAGCGAUGACACCAUGGUCCGUAUCUUCUCUAACAUCGUGGCCUUCUACCUCAGGAACCAAGAGUUCCCCCCAGAUUAUUUCACUGUGGGGAGCCAGAUUGUCAGUGCAACCAUGGAGGUUUAUAAGAAAGCAAUGGAGAACCUCCUGCCCACUCCGGCCAAGUCCCAUUAUACCUUCAACCUGCGGGACUUCUCUCGUGUGAUCCAAGGGUGCUUGUUACUGAGGAAGGAGUCCUUGGAGAACAAACGCACCAUGAUCCGCCUUUUUGUGCAUGAGGUCUUCAGAGUCUUCUAUGACCGCCUGGUGGAUGACAAGGAUAGAGCCUGGCUCUACCAGCUCAUGAAGAACAUCAUCAAAGACCACUUUAAGGACAAUUUUGACUCUGUUUUUGAGCACCUGAAGCAAGGAAAGGCCGCUUUAUGUGAGGAAGAUAUGAGAAGCCUUCUAUUUGGAGACUAUAUGAACCCUGACUUGGAAGAUAAUGAGAGACUGUAUGCGGAGGUGCCCUCCAUCGAGAACUUCAACCAUGUGGUUGAGCAGUGUCUGGAAGAGUACAACCAGACUCACAAAACACGCAUGAACUUGGUGAUAUUCCGCUACGUGCUGGAGCAUCUGUCCAGGAUCAGCCGUGUCCUGAAGCAGCCGGGUGGGAACGCACUGUUAGUUGGGGUGGGUGGCAGUGGGCGCCAGUCUCUUACACGCCUGGCCACUGCGAUGGCCAAGAUGACCAUCUUCCAGCCGGAGAUCUCCAAGAGUUAUGGCAUGAACGAGUGGAGAGAGGACCUCAAGCGUCUGUUGAAGAACACUGGGGUGAAAGGCCAAAAGAUGGUGUUCCUGCUGACAGAUGCCCAGAUCAAACAGGAGGCCUUCUUAGAGGAUGUUGACAGUGUGCUGAACACCGGCGAAGUGCCCAACCUCUUCGCAGUGGAUGAGAAGCAGGAGAUCAUGGAGGCAGUGCGUCCCCUGGCUCAGGCUCGAAACAAGUCUGUGGAGUUUAGCCCGCUGUCCCUGUUUGCUUUUUUUGUGAACCGUUGCAAGGAGAACUUGCACGUUGUAGUGGCAUUCAGCCCCAUCGGGGAAGCCUUUAGAAACAGACUGCGGCAGUUCCCCUCUCUCAUCAACUGCUGCACUAUCGACUGGUUCCAGCCCUGGCCUGAGGAAGCCCUGGAGCGGGUGGCCAACAAGUUCCUAGAGACACUGGAGCUGAGUGACCAUGAGCGCAUGGAGGUCAUGCCGAUCUGCAAGAGCUUCCACACCUCCGCUAUCCACUUGUCUGAGAAGUUCCUGCACAACCUGGGCCGCCACAACUAUGUGACGCCCACCUCCUACCUUGAGCUCAUUGCUGCAUUCCGCCAGCUCCUCACACAGAAACGAGACACGGUGAUGAAAGCCAAGAAGAGGUACACCAACGGUCUUGAUAAACUGGCUUUCGCAGAGUCUCAGGUGGGAGAGAUGAAAAAAGAGCUUGUAGACCUGCAGCCUAAACUGGAGCUGGCUAAGAUUGAGAACACAAACAUGAUGAAGAUCAUAGAAAAGGAGUCUGCAGAGGUACAGGCCAAGAGCAAAGUGGUGCGUGUGGACGAGGAAGCUGCUACUUUAAAGGCCAAUGAGGCCCAGGCUCUGAAGGACGAGUGUGAAAGUGACCUGGCAGAGGCCAUCCCUGCACUGGAAGCAGCUCUGUCUGCACUGGACACUCUCAAGCCUUCUGACAUUACCAUUGUUAAAUCCAUGAAGAAUCCCCCAUCUGGAGUUAAGCUGGUGAUGUCCGCUGUCUGUGUGAUGAAGGAGAUCAAGCCAGAGAAGAUCAAUGACCCUGAUGGAACGGGGCAGAAGAUUUUGGACUAUUGGGGUCCAAGUAAGAAGCUUUUGGGAGACAUGAAUUUCCUGCGAGACUUAAAAGUGUAUGACAAAGACAAUAUUCCAGUGCCCGUGAUGCAGAAGAUUCGCAGUGAAUACAUCACCAACCCUGAUUUUGACCCCAGCAAAGUGGCCAAAGCCUCAUCUGCAGCCGAGGGCCUGUGCAAGUGGAUCCUGGCCAUGGAGGUCUAUGACCGUGUUGCCAAGGUGGUAGCCCCAAAGAAGGCAAACCUGAUGGAGGCCCAGAGGUCUCUGGCGGAGACCAUGACCCUUCUGAACCAGAAGAGGGCAGAGCUGAAGGAGGUGGAGGACCGGCUGGCUGCCCUGCAGCAGACCUUUGCAGAGAAGACCCAGGAGAAAGCCCAGCUGGAGUUCCAGGUGGAUCUAUGUGCCAAGAAGCUGGAGAGAGCCGAGAAACUGAUUGGAGGACUGGGUGGGGAAAAGACCAGGUGGUCUAAAGCUGCUGAAGACCUUCAGAAUACCUAUGACAACCUGACAGGGGACGUGCUGAUCUCUGCUGGGGUCAUCGCCUACCUUGGUGCCUUUACUGCGGCCUUCCGUCUUGAGUGCACUAAGAACUGGACCAAAGUCUGCAAGACCAAAAAUAUCCCAUCCUCUGAUGACUUCUCUCUCAGUAAAACCUUGGGCGAUCCCAUUAAGAUCAGAGCCUGGAACAUUGCUGGGCUGCCCACUGACAGCUUCUCUAUUGACAACGGGGUGAUUGUGAGCAACUCCAGGCGAUGGCCUUUAAUGAUUGACCCUCAGGGCCAGGCCAACAAGUGGGUGAAGAAUUCGGAGAAAGAGAACAACUUGAAUGUGAUCAAGCUGACUGACCAGGACUACAUGAGGACCCUAGAGAACUGUAUCCAGUUUGGUACUCCUCUGCUGCUGGAGAAUGUUGGCGAAGAACUGGACCCUUCUCUGGAACCUCUGCUGCUCAAGCAGAUCUUCAAACAAGGUGGCGUGGAUUGCAUUAGACUGGGGGAAAGCAUUAUUGAGUACUCCAGAGAUUUCCGGUUCUACAUCACCACCAAGCUGAGAAACCCUCAUUACCUGCCUGAGCUGGCCACCAAGGUGUCCCUGCUGAACUUCAUGAUCACACCCGAGGGCCUAGAAGACCAGUUGCUUGGCAUAGUAGUUGCUAAAGAAAGGCCCGAGCUGGAGGAAGAAAGAAAUGCCUUGAUCCUGCAGUCGGCCACCAACAAGAGGCAGCUGAAAGAGACCGAGGAUAAAAUCCUGGAGACGCUGCAGUCAUCUGAAGGCAACAUCCUGGAGGACGAGAGUGCUAUCCAGAUCCUUGACUCAGCCAAGAUCAUGUCCAAUGAGAUCAAUAAGAAGCAGCAGAUUGCUGAGAAGACUGAGCAGAAGAUUGCAGAGUCACGCGAGGGCUACAGGUCUAUAGCCAGACACUCUUCGAUUCUGUUUUUCAGCAUUGCUGACUUGGCCAACAUUGACCCCAUGUACCAGUACUCACUCAACUGGUUUGUCAACCUCUACAUCAAUUCCAUCCAGGAAAGUAACAAGUCCAAGAUCUUGGAGAAAAGGCUCAGAUACCUGAAUGAUCACUUCACAUACAACCUGUACUGCAAUGUAUGCCGAUCACUGUUUGAAAAAGACAAGCUCCUCUUCUCUUUCCUGCUGUGCUGCAACCUCUUAUUGGCUAAAAAGGAGAUAGAUUAUUCGGACUUCAUGUUCCUGUUGACGGGAGGAGUGGGCCUGCAGAACAAGUUGCCCAAUCCAGAUCCGUCCUGGUUGCUGGACAGGAGCUGGGAUGAGAUCUGCAGAGCCAGUGACUUGCCUGCUCUCAAGGGGCUCCGGGAGGAUUUCAGCAAGUAUCCAGAGAAUUUUCUAGAAAUUUAUGACAGCAAAGAGCCAUACAAUACCCCCUUACCCAAACCUUGGAACGAGAAGCUCAAUGACUUUCAAAAGAUUAUCAUUUUUCGAUGCCUCAGGCCUGACAAGAUCACACCAGCUAUUACAAACUAUGUGACUGAUAAACUGGGGAAGAAGUUUGUAGAGCCUCCACCUUUCGACUUGACUAAGAGCUACUUAGACUCUAACUCCACCAUCCCUCUUGUCUUCAUCCUGUCGCCAGGAGCUGACCCCAUGGCCAGCCUACUGAAGUUUGCCAAUGACAAAAACAUGGGAGGUUCCAAGUUCCAGUCCAUCUCCCUGGGACAGGGGCAGGGUCCUAUCGCUGCCAAGAUGAUCAGCGCCGCCAUAAAGGAGGGCACCUGGGUGUGUCUGCAGAACUGCCACCUUGCCGUGUCCUGGAUGCCCACCCUGGAGAAGAUCUGUGAGGAGUUCAGUGUUGACACCUGUCACCCUGACUUUCGGCUCUGGCUCACCAGCUACCCAUCUCCCAAGUUCCCAGUGACCAUUCUGCAAAAUGGAGUGAAGAUGACCAAUGAGCCGCCCACAGGCCUGAGACUGAACUUGCUCCAAUCCUACCUCACCGACCCUGUCUCAGACCCUGAUUUCUUCAGUGCUUGCCCCAACAAAGAGCUGAUAUGGGAGAAGCUCUUGUAUGGGGUUUGCUUCUUUCAUGCUCUGGUCCAGGAGAGAAAGAAGUUUGGGCCCCUUGGCUGGAAUAUUCCCUAUGGGUUUAAUGAGUCAGACCUGCGUAUCAGCAUCAGACAGCUACAGCUCUUUAUAAAUGAGUAUGAACAGGUGCCCUUUGAAGCUAUCACCUACCUGACAGGGGAGUGUAACUAUGGGGGCCGCGUGACAGAUGACUGGGACAGACGCCUCCUCAUGACCAUUCUGGCAGAUUUCUACAACCCCGAAAUCAUCGAAAACCCUCGUUAUACCUUCUCACCCAGCGGGAAAUACUAUGCUCCUCCGAAGUCCAUUUACGAAGACUAUAUUGAAUUUAUUAAGGCCCUUCCGUUCAGCCAGCACCCGGAGGUGUUCGGUAUGCACGAGAACGUGGACAUCUCCAAAGACCUGCAGCAGACCAAGCUGCUCUUCGACUCGCUGCUGCUGACCCAGGGGGGCGCGCGACAGGGGGGCGCUAGUGCGGGGGCUGACAGCACCCUCUACGACAUUGCCAACGACAUCCUCAGCAAGCUGCCAAAGGACUUUGACAUCGAGGCUUCCUUGGCAAAGUUCCCUGUGAGAUAUGAGGAGAGCAUGAACACUGUGCUGGUGCAGGAAAUGGAGAGGUUCAACACGCUGAGUCGAACAAUCCGCACAAGCCUUCAGAACCUCCAGAAGGCCAUCAGGGGGCUGGUGGUAAUGGAUGCAGAGCUAGAGGCGAUCUCCAGCAGCCUACUGGUGGGCAAGGUCCCAGAGAAAUGGGCCAAGCGCUCCUAUCCCAGCCUCAAACCCCUUGGCAGCUAUGUCACUGACUUCCUGGCCAGACUUAAGUUCUUACAGGACUGGUAUGAGAAUGACAAGCCUCAUGUGUUCUGGCUGUCCGGGUUCUUCUUCACCCAGGCCUUCCUGACUGGGGCCAUGCAGAAUUAUGCUAGGAAAUAUUCCAUCCCCAUUGACCUGCUAGGAUUUGAUUUCCAGGUUCUUCCCAAUGACACCUCUGAUUCCUCCCCGGAAGAUGGAGUCUAUAUCCACGGCCUCUUCUUAGACGGCGCCCGCUGGGACAGGAAAAGUGGGGUUCUGGCAGAGCAGUUCCCUAAAGUCCUCUUCGAUGCAGUCCCCAUUGUCUGGAUAAAGCCCACUAAGAAGAAGGCUUCAGAAAAGGCUUCCAAUCUGUAUGUGUGUCCCUUAUACAAGACCAGCGAGAGGAAGGGCACCCUUUCCACCACAGGGCACUCUACCAACUUUGUGAUCGCCAUGCUGCUGCCCAGCGACAGGCGGGUCCAACACUGGGUGAAACGAGGGGUGGCGCUGCUGUGCCAGCUGGAUGACUGAUCGGGGCACAGCUCUUCUUCUCCAGCAGAGCACAGUCACAGAACUCUUAACUGUUCUUUUUACAUUUGCAAGUCCGUACAUGAAGCAAGGCAACAUUUCUUUCUUUGGAUGUAAUAAAUCAUUUAAUAUAAAAUUUGUAGUAUAUGUUAUUUAUUUUCGAACUAAUCUUUUGUGCUGCGAGUACCUUGGGAUUCAUAAAAUGGCAAACAUCUCACGAAUGUUCAAUAUCUAAAGAGCUUUUAAUUUGCUUAUUUUAAUCUUGAUCUUACUCAAUGCACGCUUUUGAAUGUACCUACCAACGUAUAAGUCCUUGCGCAAUGUAAACAUUUGCUAAUACAGUCAAUAAAUUAUUUUCUGUGCCUUUAAUAUCA